AUGAGCAACCCAACCGAACAGGCCCUUCUGCAGAUUGCAGAAACUAUAGAACGGGCCGUUGACGAUGAGAUGGAACGCGUUGAUAACAUCGAUGAAGAGGAACUAAUGGAGCUUCGUCGCAAACGCCUAAGAGGACUGAAGGAAAUGGAGGCGCGUCGAAGCGCUUGGCUAAAGAAAGGACAUGGUCACCUUCAGGAACUGACUGAUCCAAAGGAGUUCUUUGAGGCUGUGGAGCAGUCUGAGCGUGUGGUGGUUCAUUUCAUGAGGAGAAGCACCUCGAGGUGUUCUAUUCUUGAGCGUCAUCUGCGAACAAUUGCCAUGCAACAUUUUGAGACGCGUUUUUGCUAUGUUGACGUCGAGAGAAUUCCAUCUUUGGCUGAGAGAUUCAAUGUUAUCAUGCUGCCCACUCUUAUGCUUAUUGAAAACAAAAAGACAUUCUACAGCAUUAUUGGAUUCGAUGAGUUUGGCGGAACCGAUGAUUUUUCGACAGAAACAGUGGUACAGGUGCUUUCUCAUUAUGGUAUGUUAAAUGAGAAUGGCAUGUUCGCAGCUGAUCAGAGCGCUGAAUAA